CUCCUGACUUUGGGGGCAGUGGGGGCAACGGCCUCAAGAAGUCUCUCCAGCGAUGGGAGCCGUCCGCCUGCUGCCCAACCUCACUCUGUGCUUGCAUCUAUUGAUUCUCUGCUGUCAAACGCAGUACGUGAGGGACCAGGGCGCCGUGACCGACCAGCUGAGCAGGCGGCAGAUCCGCGAAUACCAGCUCUACAGCCGGACCAGCGGCAAGCACGUGCAGGUCACCGGGCGUCGCAUCUCCGCCACCGCUGAGGACGGCAACAAGUUCGCAAAGCUCAUAGUGGAGACGGAUACGUUCGGCAGCCGCGUGCGCAUCAAGGGGGCGGAGAGCGAGAAGUACAUCUGCAUGAGCAAGAAGGGGAAGCUCGUCGGGAAGCCAAGCGGGAAGAGCAAGGACUGCGUGUUCACCGAGAUCGUGCUGGAGAACAACUACACGGCCUUCCGCAACGCGCGGCACGAGGGCUGGUUCAUGGCCUUCACGCGGCAGGGCCGGCCCCGCCAGGCCUCCCGCAGCCGCCAGAACCAGCGCGAGGCACACUUCAUCAAGCGCCUCUACCAGGGCCAGCUCCCCUUCCCCAACCACGCGGACAGGCAGAAGCAGUUCGAGUUCGUGGGCUCGGCCCCCACGCGCAGGACCAAGCGCAACCGGCGGCCCCAGCCCCCUACGUAGUCAGGCUCGCCGGGAAGCUGCCUCCCCGCUCCCCAUCCCUUCCCCUAACGGAUCCAGAGAUGGGGCUGGGGUGCAAGGUGGGCUCCAUCCAGAGCACCGCCCCCCCCUCUCCAAAAAAAGGACCCUGAGUCCCAGCUGGGAAGGGACAGAACUUCUUCUCCACCCCAGGGUGGGCACUGCACACUGGAGCCAGUUUGAGGCCAAGGGCAAGAUCCCUGGAGAGGAGCUAGGGAGCGCCUCCCUUGACCUCAAACCCCAGCCUCCCAGCGACCGCCUGACACUAGUGGACAGACCGCAGAUUGCAGGCAUUAGCGACACCUGUUGCUGGCCGUCCACAAAUCUUGCUCCCAGAAUUUCCCCCAGUCUGUACCCAGUCCCCAAACUCCUGAGCAGACAGUAGGAAGGGGCAUUUUUUUGGGGGGGGUUGCUUCAAGGGGU